CCGCCCCGGCCCGGCCCUGCGCCUGCGCCCUGCCGCGGCUCUCCCCGCCCGCCGGGGCUCGCGGGGCCGGGCAGGAUGCUGAACGUGCCGCCGGGGGCCUUCCCCGCACCCAGCUCCCAGCAGCGGGUGGCUGCGGGCGGCCGAGCCAAGGUACCUUUAAAACCAGGAAGAAGCCUUAUGGAUUGGAUUCGAUUAACUAAAAGUGGGAAGGACUUGACUGGUUUAAAGGGGAGGCUAAUCGAAGUGACUGAAGAUGAGCUUGCUAAGCACAACAAAAAGGAGGACUGCUGGAUAUGUAUAAGAGGACUUGUGUAUAAUGUCACACCGUACAUGGAGUUUCAUCCUGGUGGUGAGGAUGAACUAAUGAAAGCAGCAGGAACUGAUGGUACAGAUCUUUUUGAUCAGGUCCAUCGUUGGGUCAAUUACGAAUCCAUGCUGAAGGAAUGUCUUGUUGGGAGAAUGGCUUUCAAGCCUAUUGCUGCUCCAAAAGACAUUUCUUCUAUCCUGUCUGAAGAGAAGAAACAGGUUAAUGGUAUGGUUUCUGAGAAGAGCGUACAGGGUGCUUCUGCUAGAGAUUUAAUUCCAAGUUAUGACUGGUUCCAAACAGAUGGUUUGAUCACUAUUGUCAUAUAUACUAAGCAGAAGGAUAUGAACGCAGAGUUGGUGAUAGUUGACUGUCAAGACAAAAGAUUAAGGGGAGAGAUCAUCCUGGCUGACCACUCGUAUCUUAUAGAACUUGACUUGGAUCAUGCAGUUCGAGAAGACUUUGAUGUGAAUAUUGCUGAAAAAGUUGGCAAGGUAGAGAUUAUCUUAAAGAAAAAGGAUAACAUGCAUUGGAAAGUGCUGGGACGGCCCUUGGAGAGUCAUAAUACAUUUAUCAAACGCACAGACAGAGGACUGUUCUACAGGAAAUGCAAGCUGGUUUCUAAGACAGAAGUUACCCACGACACCAAGCUCUUCUGCUUAAUGUUGCCUAAGAGCACCCACCUCCAGGUUCCCACUGGACAGCACAUUUACCUCAAACAAGUCAUUGCAGGGACAGAAGUAGUAAAACCAUACACACCUAUAUUGCCUUCUUUAACGCUGGAUUUCAAACAACCAUCUUGCCAUGAUGGUGCACAUAUAUAUGUAAUGAUCAAAAUUUAUUCCUGUGGACUGUUCACGCAGGCACUUGACCGCCUGGAAGUUGGGGACUAUAUUUCUGUCAGCAAUCCUGAAGGUAACUUCAAGAAGUCACAAGUUCAAACUUCAGAAGACCUCUUUUUCUUGGCAGCAGGCACAGGCUUCACACCAAUGGUUAAACUGCUGAAUUUUGCUCUGACUGAAGUUAGUUGUCUCCGGACAGUGAAGUUGAUCUUCUUCAACAAAAAGGAAGAUGACAUACUUUGGAGAAACCAACUAGAGGAAUUAGCUCUUAAAGAUAAAAGGUUUGAGGUUCAAUUUGUUCUUUCAGAACCAAUGAAGGACUGGGUCGGUAAACAGGGGAAGAUUUCUUUAUCCCUUCUCUCUGAGUGUGUGAAAAGAAGCAGAAAAGACUCCAAAGUGCUUAUCUGCAUCUGUGGUCCAACACCUUUUACAGAGCAGGGAGUGGAGUGUCUGAGGGAUCUUGGAUACUCCCAAGAAGAGAUGCACGCUUUUACUGCAUAAAACCAUAUGAAGAUAUCAAUGUCUGUUUGUACAAUACAAUCUUAUUUAUAUACCUUCAUGAAUUUAAAUAAGUGAGAAGCAAUUUUGUAAAGACUUGAAAUUUCACUCUUGGUACCAAACUGUUUCUUGGAGGAAAUACAUCUUUGAAAAAAAUUUUAUACUGUGUUUUAUCUUGUCUUUGUAAAUAUUUUUGCUAAUACUUCAGUCAUCCAGGUUGUUAAUUUAUUGUAGAGGGAAGCAGAAGUGUAUAGUAUGCAUUAUGUAAGGUAUUUCAUGUUAUUUGUUUGUGAAUAUUCUUAAAUUUAUUGCAAGCACUGAUUUAGGUUUUGACCUGAAAAGCUUAUUAUUUCUUACUGUAAAACGUCUGCAGAGCAAUACUGUCCAAAUUUAUACAGUGCACUGUAACUCAGGUAACCAAUUAUUGAAAAGUGUUCAUUUUCAUCUGAAAUCUCUUUGACUUGCAGGUGAUCCAAUGAUGUUUUCUGGCUUUGUAAACAAAGAAUAAAAUCAACUUUGGUAAAACAUUAAAAAGAAAGAUCUCAGAUAAUAA